CCAGUCUCUAACAUACCUGCGCGGGAGUCGGUCGCGCGGUCGCCGCUCGUCGAAAAAGACGCGAAAAAAGUUUUUUUUUCCACGGAUCCCGAUAAUGUGUUAGUUACGCACUUUUUUCAUUUGUAGUGUGAAGUGUUUGGUAACUGUGUAAAGAGUGAUUUCCUAUAUUUUUUUUUCUGUGUACAUAGGACGUUUGUCCAGUAGUUUAGAAAGAUUUUCGUGUUUACGCUAAACAGUGGUUUUUCGUGUUGGAGAUUACGCUCUUUUUUUUUCCUACAACGAGAAUUUUUUUCCGUAUUACAAUUUUCGGUAAAUGUUUGCAUUGUUCGAAUACAUUGUGAGAAUGUGAUUAAUUUGAUUAUUCCGGAGAGAAUAAUCGAAAAAUUUCAUGAUAUCAUGAGCUGAAGGCUAAAGAGCAACACAAAUCCAUGACGACUGCACACGCAUGAGGUGACGGAACGUAAUGGAGGCUUCAUCGUCAGACUACAGCGACGAAGAAGUGGGUGUGCUGGCGAGGGGCCAAAGGCUCUGGAUUAGGGGUGUGCGUUCACACACCACUUGCGCGGACAUUGUCAGAGCGCUGCAAGAUGCACCCGAAGGUGGCGCUGGCCUCACCGAUCACGGCGAGUGGGUGCUGGCAGAAAGAUGGCGGGGAGUGGAAAGACCAUUGCCACCUGAUGUACCUGUUUUACACGUGUUGGCAGCUUGGGGAGACGCCAGGCAUGAGGUACGGCUAUCUCUCCGACGUGUAUCCAGUGGGGGGGAAGAUGACUCAGGCCGUGACAGUGAUGGGGGCAGUCGGGCGGGGAGGAGACGUCGCCGGCGAGGGGUGCGAGCUGCCACCCCUCCGCCCCGAGCGAGAAGCGAGGACCCGGCGGCUAGGCUCGUGUCGGUCAUACAGCAUCAGAGCAAAACUAUACACCAACAACUCGAUAAAUUAAGGGAACAAGAGAAACUAAUAGAUCAACUAGAAGACCAAACUCACAAGAGCAGAAUGGAGAAACACGGCACCAAUUAUCUACUAGAAUCUUAUCUUCGAGAUCUCGGCAGAUGCAGCGAAGUUAACGACAGCCAAGCCGGGAACAGCGACAGUGGAGUAGGAGUAGGGAGUGGGACACCGCCCAGAAGACAUACAAAACACAAAUCCAGAAGAGAACGACUCCUGAUGAGAGAACACUACUUCACAAAAGAAUUAACUGACAUAUGUCAAGUGAACUCCGAAAGAUUAAUGCAGACGACUAACGACACAGAUUCUGACGCGUCGCUAGACGAACUAACACGAAUAAGAGAAGAAAUAGAGUUACUGGAGAAGUUAGCUAUUAUAAAUAAAAGAUUGCAUCGUGAGGAAGAAUUAGUAGUGCGUUUAACGGCAAAAGUUAAACGGUAUAUGGACGAGAAUAAGGCAAACAGUUGUGAGAACGCGACGCAGGUGUCAAUGUUGAUUGAUAAGAUCGAAGAGGAAUUAGCGCUAAGUGCAAAAGAGAUGCAAGAAAAUACCACGGAAUUGGAAAGAGCAGAUAGGGAGAUAGAGAGUAGAUUGAAGUUGCUGGACGAACUGACGCUGGAACUGGAAGAAGAGGAAUUGCAGAAUACUGUUUUAGAGCGACAAUUAAACGAGGCUUCCAGUCGACAGCCUAUUCUUAUACAAGAAAGCUAUGUACCUGUAUUAGACCAAGCCGCUGUCAACCAGGCGUACGGUUGUGGUGGCUACGUUCUAGAUACUCUCGUAUGACAUAAGAUUAAAACCCAAUUCGUUCCAAAGAUCAGUUAAAUUACCACUUUAGUUAGUGUCCCUUGGUGAGUGAUCGAGUGAUCCAAUUCCAAAAUGGUCCCAAACAUUCAUAUUUAUAGUUUGUACUCUAUAAUAAUAUUUAGACAAUAAUUUUGGUGCUAAGAUAACUUGUUUAUUCAGAUCUUGUUAUUGGCGUGAAAACGCAUGUAUUGAUGUGAAAGGUCAGAACUUAGUUCGGUUGAAUAUACUGUUAUAAAGUAAUUUUUCCAUCUUCUCAUUGAUCUUGGUAGUUUUUUUACAGUUAUCCUACAGUAUAGGAUCAAGAAGUAUAGGAUCAUAUAUCAAAAUUGAUCGUAUAUUUCGUAUAUCGUUAAUUGUGUCAAUUUAAGGUUAUUAUUCCCUUUUACGAGUGUUCUUAGAGUCUUAAAUCGACAGCAGUACAGAUCAUUCCUUAAAUUCAUUGUCAUUUUUCGAACCAUGUGUCGUCGUAAAAAAUUUUGGUUUUACUGGUAGACAUAAUUCAGGAGAGCCCAAGAUUGUCUAGUGCACACCACAGUAUGUGAGCUUAGCUUUCAGCAAUGGGCAAAGAUAUCUCAAUCAUGGACAAAGAAAACAAUUUUAGAAACGUCGAUACUGAUAGUAUUUUUUAUUACAACAUAACUAAGUUCUGAUUCCUUAUAUUAAGUUUUAUAGUAAAUAAUGUAAAAAUAUAUUAGUUUACAAUGCCAAAAAUAUAUACAAAACCACCAAUCGCAGUAUGUAUAAAUUUAGGCUAGUCAAAUUGAUAACUCGCGGCAGUAUCCAUUUUUGUGACGUUGAAAAAAAUAUUAUGUUGUUUGAA